GGGGAAGGCCUUCAUGGAGGUUAUCAGAGGAGUCCGUUUUUGGUUUUUUCCGGGUCGACAUUCGAAUGAAAGUAGGGGCUGUCAGCACGCUAGCUUGGCUUAUGGCUGAAAGGGCUUUGCCACUGGACUUCUUUUAUCGGCGUACCGGUAUUGACCUUUUGCUUGGCACUUUUCAUCGCUAAACCCUUGAGCCCCUUGUUAAUGGGAGUAGUCUCGGUAAAGCCUCCUUGAUGAGUAAGCCCUUUUAGAUUAGAGAUCAGGGUCUUUUACCCUUUCCCUUGUACCCAACUAAAUGAUAGGUUAAGAACCUCGACUGAACUGAAAAGGAAGAAGGGAGCUCUAGUAUGCGGCUUACUCUUAUGCCCUUGCUGCUUAUGAGUCGCUGUCUGGAAAUAGCACAUGUCUCCUUCGCCCACGCUAUAUUAUAUCUUUCUUCCUGGAAACCUAUUUGAUGUCGUGCGUACCUAUUCUACUACCUUUUGCUCGGAGCGGGUCGUACUUCAAACCUUCCUUCCCUUUCUCUUAAAGAGUAAGCCACUGAGUCAUGAAUAGGUUUUUUGAGGUGCAAAAGCAGGGUUUCCAUCAUUCUUCUUCUUGUCUUGUGGUAGGCAAGCUAUAAAGGACUAGGAUUCUU